UCAUAGGAUGUCUUGAUAUGUAUGCCUAUACAUUGUAUUUAGCAAAGACAGCUGAUUUCUCCCACGAUGAUCACACUAUCUUACAGAUGUGUCUAAAUUGCUGAACUCCCACGAUACUUGCUCCUGAGAAAUGCAGUGCUAAUAACUUGUACAUACACCAUAAUAUAACAUUUUUGCUGAUCGGAUGAUAGAAGAGCCGUAAUCCCAUGUACUACGUACUACAGGACUCGAUUGUUUAAAAGGCUGCAGCCUGGUGAUGUUGAGGCACACUUUAGAAACUCGUUGUUUAGAGGAGUUCACGCUUCAAGAUGAAAUUGUUCAUUGUGCUUGCCGCCGUUUUGGUGUGCGCUGUUGCUGUUCGAUAUGAUGGGUAUCAGACACUCCGCAUACAGCCACGUGAUCCGUCUGAGCUAGAAUGGCUGAAUUCAUUGAAAGAUGACUUUGCCUCUAAGCUUGAUUUCUGGCAGAACACCGGACGCCUUGACCGCCCCGUUGACGUAAUGGUAUCGCCCGCACUCCAGACUUUCCUCAAAGAAGCCCUCGAAGUUCGUGGCAUCUCCUACGACGUCAUGAUCGAUGACGUUCAAGUCGUCGCCGAUUCGCAGAUGCACCGUGACGUCAGCAUCAGCGCCGCGUCAUUCGACUACACGAUUUAUCACACAUACGCCGAGAUCCAGCAAUGGGUUAAGGACUUUGCAGCCGAAUACAGCUUUGUACAGAACUUCCAGAUCGCCACGUCAUUCGAAGGCCGUCCAAUCAACGCUAUCAAGAUGGGAACAGCCGGAUUCCAAAAGCCCGCUAUUUACUGGCAGGGUGGUAUCCACGCUCGUGAAUGGGUGUCUCCUGCUACUGUCAUGUUCAUCGCCAAAUCCCUUGCUGAAGAAUACGGUACCGAUGACACUGUAACAAAGAUGUUGGACACCUUUGAUAUCUACAUUGUGCCCUCAUUGAACGUCGAUGGCUACACUUACACAUGGACUAACGAUCGAUUGUGGCGAAAGACCCGUUCAACAUACGGUGCACAAGUAUGUGUUGGAACAGACCCCAACAGAAACUACGAUUACAGAUGGGGUGGACAAGGGGCCAGUACGCAGAAGUGCUCGGAUACUUACCGUGGACCAUCAGUCCACUCUGAGCCAGAGGUUGCCGGCACCACUUCCUUCCUUCUCAACCUUCAACAGACACAGACAGUUGUGAACUUCAUCGACUUCCAUGCCUACUCCCAACUGUUCCUUUCUCCUUGGUCAUACUCAGCCUUUGCUGCUCUCCCAACUGAGAGCGUAGACCAUGACGUUGCAUCAGUAAAGGUUGUAAACGCUUUGAAGGCUGAGUUCGGAACUGAGUACACGUACGGACCAUCUGCAAGAACCCUCUAUGCCGCUUCUGGAUGCAGUGUGGACUGGGGAUUCUCCGAACUGGGAGCCAAGUACUCGUAUGUGAUGGAACUGAGAGAUACCGGAAAAUUCGGCUUCCUCCUCCCAGCAUCUCAGAUCGAAGAGUCCGGUAUUGAGACCUUCGCUGCCAUGAAGGCUCUCGGAGGUCACCUCCUCAGCGAGUAUGCUCCAUAAGAAUCUAUCCAGAAGUAGAACUGUUAUAUACUAUAUUAAAAGCCUAUACUGUAUAUUCUAUUCUAUAGUUAGGUCUGAAUAAAACCACACCACAAUGUUUAUCCGCAAAUCACGAAGGCCCUCUGAGGCCACCUCCUCACCAAAUAAUGCUCCAUAAGAAUCUAUCCCGUAGUAGGACUGCUUUAGUUUACUGUACUAUUCUAUAAUAAACUGUACUAUGCUCUACUAUAGUAUUUUAUAACACACCUCUUGCUUUUUCUGUAUUCUGGUUGGCUGAAACACGGUCACGUGUGAUGAAC